AUGUCAUUAGCUAGCAGAUUAGUGGCUCUCGCACUUGUAUUUCCCUUGGCAGUUGUGCGUGACCUGCCAGAGCAUGCCAUCUACAUGGCAUCUUGUAUACUUAUUACGAUCAGUACGGGUGCGUGUAUCCUUGAAGAUCUGGAACUCCGUUUUACUCUGACGUAUAUCGCGAGGCAAGGUGAUGGGCUAUGCCAGCUUAUUAAUAACUUGGCAACACAUAUCGAACCAAUAGCGAGGUUGAAAUGUGCCCAGCGCCCCUCGAAUGUCAACACUGGCGUUGACCUCUACUACUACUGGGUAUGGUUUGAUAUUACUUCAUCUUCAAAUGAGCUCAUCUGGCUAUGUCUAGUCUCUCGGCCUACCUCGCGUCUACAACUGGACAUAGCGCUUAUACCGAUGCUGCAAUUCUCUGCUAACUUCAUCAAGACCACUAACAUGAAUUCUGGGGAUCUCGUCCUUGAAACUAUCGAUGCUCAGGACUGCACGCGUUCUUUGUCUAGCUGGCUACUUACAACACCGGCAAGUGUAUCGAAGGUUCGAGCCUCUUUGCAUCCGUCACUGGCGACACUAGCUGGACUUCACUGUCGUUGCCGCAUCGACAAAAGUACCUACAUGGGAAAGUAG